CCUUGUUCCCUCCCUGGACAGCGGGCUCACCGGGGCGCAAUGGAGGGACCAGACAGCCCUGGGGGCCCAGCCGGGGACCCCGGCGCACGCUCCAGCUGCCAGCCAGGAGCCAGGAAUGGGGGUCAGGGCGCCCCCGGCCCCCAGGCGCCCCCCUCGGUUCUGGGGCGGGCAGGGCCCGGGAUCCGCGUCGGGGACGCUCCAGGUCCCUUCCACGCGGGGUCAGCGGUGCGUCCCGGCCUCCCCGGCGCCAUGUGCUUCAAGUCCGUGUUGUAACUACUAGGUCCCAUCAUCUCCCUGUCGCGCCUGGGGCGGUUUUAGUCCCACAUUCUGCCUUUUGAAAUGGACUCUUGGUGGGCUCUACUCAGUCUCAGUUUGCUUCUGAGGACUUCGGGGUUCCAAGCAGCAAACGCCUCUAAACCCAAUAUUCUACUGAUCAUGGCAGAUGAUCUUGGCAUUGGGGAUCUUGGUUGCUAUGGAAACAAUACCCUGAGGACACCCAAUAUCGACCGGCUUGCAGAGGAAGGCGUGAGGCUCACCCAGCACUUGGCGGCCGCCCCCCUGUGCACCCCAAGCAGAUCUUCCUUCCUCACGGGGAGGCACUCCUUCAGAUCAGGCAUGGAAGCCCAUGAUGGGUACCGCGCCCUCCAGUGGAACGGGGGAUCGGGUGGACUCCCCGAGAAUGAAACCACGUUUGCAAGAAUCCUGCAGCAACAAGGUUAUGCAACCGGCCUCAUAGGGAAAUGGCACCAGGGCGUAAAUUGUGAAUCCCGCACUGACCACUGCCACCACCCACUGAACCACGGAUUUGACUAUUUCUAUGGCAUGCCUUUCACGCUUGUGAAUGACUGUGACCCAGGCAGGCCCCCGGAAGUGGACGCCAGCACAAGAGCGAGGUUGUGGUUUUACACCCAGGUGGCGGCAUUGGGAGUGCUGACCGUUGCUCUUGGCAAGAUUUGCGGGUUAAUCUCCGUGCCCUGGAAAGCGGUCCUGGGUGCGGCCAGCCUCGUCUUCCUCUUUUUUGUCUCCUGGUAUGCCAGCUUCGGGUUUGUGCGUCGUUGGAACUGUAUCCUGAUGAGAAACCAUGACGUCACAGAGCAGCCCAUGGUUUUGGAAAGAACCGCGCGUCUCAUGCUACAGGAGGCAGUUUCCUAUAUUGAAAGAAAUAAGCACGGGCCAUUCCUCCUCUUUGUGUCCUUGCUACACGUGCACAUCCCCCUGGUCACCACAAAACAGUUUCUCGGGAAAAGCCAGCACGGCUUAUAUGGCGACAAUGUUGAGGAGAUGGAUUGGCUGGUAGGUGAAAUCCUUCAGGCCAUUGAAGAAAACGGUCUGAAAAACACAACAUUCGCGUAUUUUACCUCUGAUCAUGGAGGACAUUUGGAGGCAAGAGACGAACGUGGCCAGCUGGGGGGAUGGAAUGGAAUAUUCAGAGGUGGCAAAGGGAUGGGGGGCUGGGAAGGCGGCAUCCGCGUCCCGGGGAUCUUCCGGUGGCCUGGGGUGCUGCCAGCCGGCCGAGUGAUCCACGAGCCCACCAGUCUGAUGGAUGUCUUCCCCACCGUGGUCGAGCUGGGGGGCGGCCACGUGCCCCAGGACAGGGUGAUCGAUGGCCGUAGCCUGGUGCCCUUGUUGCAAGGGACUGCCGAGCACUCAGCACACGAAUUCCUGUUUCAUUACUGCGGGAAGUAUCUGCACGCAGCACGCUGGCAUGAGAAAGACAGCGGAAGACUCUGGAAGGUUCACUACAUGACACCGCGAUUCCACCCCAAGGGGGCGGGGGCCUGCCACGGCCAAGGCGUGUGCCCCUGCUCGGGGGACGGCGUGACCCAGCACAGCCCGCCUCUGCUCUUCGACCUGUCCAGGGACCCUUCGGAGACGCGGCCCCUGUCCCCUGGCUCGGAGCCACGGUACCACGCGGUGCUGGCGCGCGUGCACGAGGCGUUGGAACAGCACAGGAGGACCCUGAGUCCUGUGCCCCCCCAGUUUUCCCUGGGCAACAUCGUCUGGAAGCCUUGGCUGCAGCCGUGCUGCGGAACUUUCCCCUUAUGCGCGUGCACGCAGGACGGAGACCCCAGCGAGGCGUGACCUCACCCUCGGCCACGGUGCCCGUCAUCCAACACAGGUUGGCGACGGGGUGCAGAGAAAGGAGCGCUCAUGCACCGUUGCUGGGAAUGCAGGCUGGUGCAGCCACCCUGGACAACAGGAAAGCGGUUCUUCAAAGAGUUAAAAGCAUACAUGCCCUACAGUCUAGUGAUCGCGGUGUUGCAUCCACACGACUCCUGAAACAGAAUGCUACGGGCACCAGUGACAGUCACAACAAAGUCUAUUACAAUGAGAGGCAAGGCCGACCGACCGGGACCAACACUGUUGAUAAGAGUGCGGCCCCGAACAGCCGGGGUACAGAGUUUUUAAAGCCGAUCACAUCGUUUUAUCGUUAUCUGGGAACAGAACAGAGAAACAGUUCCCAGAUGAGUCAGAAACAGUUAUCGAAUGAGGUGAUUAUUUUAGACU